AUGUCCCCCGAGGCCAGAAWAGAUUGGAUAAGAGCAGUCAACCGAAAAGAUACCAAGACUGGUAAAAACUGGAAGCCAAACUUCGACUCUAGGGUCUGUUCUCUUCACUUUGUAGACGGAAAACCAUCAGAGUCCAACCCAAGCCCCUCAAUAAAUCUUGUGGAUGCUACAAGUAGUGCAAGUACAUAUCAUUUUGUGCCAAAACGGAAAAGAGYUUUACCUCAUAGAUCUCACACAUCUGCAAAAAAGUCCAAAUUGUCUARCAACACAUCCGAAGAGCAAGAUAAACAAGACAAUUCUGGAAAUGAUCACUUGAUAACCAACAUAAAUAAUAAUGAUCAUGAUUAUACUUUACCCACAUCUUCAGGAGGAUGCAACUGCAGAAGAGACUGUAAUUGUGYGGGUUGUUUAUCAAAGGAUUUAGAAAUUGCACGUCUUAAAGACAAACUUGAAAAGGCAUAUGCAAACAUUUAUGACAUAAAYAAACAAGAAAAAGUGGUAACACCAACUGGAAAAUUUACAAUAAAUGAUUCAAAGGUCAGCUUUUACACUUGUCUACCAAACAAAGAUUGUUUUGACUCACURUGUAAGCAUUUAACCAAGAAAUCCCUAAAGAUUAGAUAUUGGAGAGGAACACAAAGAGUAAUUGUUACUAAGGCUAAGCAACAUUUUAAAAGAAAGCCAAUCAAAACAAGUAAAAGGGGACCACAAAGAAAGCUUACUGUUAAAGAUGAGGUGCUUUUGACAUUGAUGAAAUUAAAACUUGCUCUUCCUACAGAGUUAUUAUCAGAUUUGUUUAUGAUUAGUGCUGGUCUAGUGUCAAUGAUAUGUAACACAUGGAUGAAGUUUUUGGCCAAGGAGCUAAGAUCUAUGAUUUACUGGCCAGAUAGAGAUACUAUCAGGCAAAAACUACCACGUUCUCUGAAAGGGUAUCCUAACCUCUGCUGCACCAUUGAUUGCAGUGAAAUCUUCAUUGAAAGACCAAGGGAUUURGAAACACAAGCACUUACCUGGUCAGAUUAUAAAAAGCACAACACAAUCAAAUUCUUGGUUGGUAUUGCUCCUAAUGGGAUGAUCAGUUUCUUAUCCAAAGUGUGGGGAGGCAGGGCAUCUGAUCAACAUAUAACAAGGCAGUCUGGUUUCCUUGAUAAAUUAGAACCUGGAGAUCUCGUUCUUGCUGACCGUGGUUUUCCUAUUCGUGAAGAUCUGCUUAUAAAAGGGUCAACUAUCAAGAUUCCUCCUCCCAGCAGUGGCAUAGAACAGAUGACUCAAGAAAAUGUAAAAGCCACAAAGAAGGUGGCAAAUGCAAGAAUUCAUGUGGAGCGUGCUAUAGGGAGGAUGAAGCAAUUUGCUUUGCUGAGAAAUGUAUUACCGGUUACACUUUUACCUAUUGCAGAUGACAUUGUGACAGUUGCUGCUUGCCUUUGUAACUUUUUACCACCUUUAGUUAAUUAG